UUUCUGUUUUCAAAUAUAGGCAAAUAAAAUUGUACAAAAUGCACAAUUGCUUUCAAAAUAGACACAUCAAUAACUAUUUAUCCAUUAUGUUGGCCAAUUGAACAAACUUUGUUUUGAAUUACAUUCAGAGUUCUUAGCCAUAUGUAAAAUUCCCUCAACAUGAAGUAAAGCGUAAUAAACCUUGUAUAUAAUUUAGAGUUAUCCCCAAUAUCGAUUUACAUGCUAUACAACAUAAAGAUGAUAAAGCUGAUAAACUGGCAUAACACAGUUGAUAAUAAUUGAGUAAAAUACAGAGCGAGGAAUUUGUAUAAAUAGGGGGGUUUUUUCUAGACCUAAUCAACAACUUGUCCUUACGAAACUAAGCAGCAUAUUUACAUUUUAUAAAAAUAAAAAGAAGUAAAAAUUUAAUGUUGCGCUUCACACACACACACAGAUCAUUAAAAAAAUAAAAUAAAACUAAUAAUGAUAAUUACAAUUACAAAUAGAUUGUAAAGGGUUUAACAAUGUACGCAUAAAGCAAAACAAAAAGAUAAAUAAGAAAAACCAGAAAAGUCUUCUUGCGUUUUCCAUGUAAGUUUUUUUUCAAAUGUUUAAAUUAAAUUAUUUUUAAUAUGAAAUAAUGUAGUUAAUGAAACAAGCGCCACACCAACAACGACAACAACAACAGCAUCAGCAACAACAACCACAACAAUAUCCACAAUCUACAACUAGAAAACACAAUAAAGUUAUUUGUUAAUAAUCAAACGUAUAUGCCAUGUGCAAGGUGUGCGUGCAUCUUUAUAAACAAUAUACUUAUAUUAAUAUAUUUAUUAUUUAUGAUUUCGUGUUUUUUUUUGUUCUUUCGAUCAAAAUGGUUUCCCUCUUGGAGCAGCCUGUCCGUAACCCCAAUAUUAAAUAUAAAAACAAAAACAAAUAUAUAUAUCCUUCCAUGUUGUUGUUUUUGUUUGAUUAAUUAAACUGCAACAAUAAAAAAAAUAAAAUAAAAUGAAAUUUGCAUAAUAGAAGAUGAAAACUAUAGUUUAUACAUAGUAUUUAUAUAUAAACGAAAUGUGUAUUGUAUAUGAUAUGCUGUCUAAUCCCCUUAUCCUAACACACACACAUUCACUCACUCACAUACACACAUACGAUACCUAACAUACAUAUAUAUACAUCUAUAUAUACAUAUAUAUAUAUAAAUAUAUAUAUAUAUAUAAUUUGAACAUCUCUAUAUUAUGAUUGAGUAAAUUAAAUCAUAGUUUUUAAUAGUUUUUAAACAAAAACAUAAAUUGCAAAAUUUUCAAGUGUUUUUACUUUAACUCGGAGUGUACUACAUUGUAUACCCCUUAGUUAUGAUGGUGGGGGAGGUUAGUUGGGGUGUUGUCCCGGUUACCAAGGCAACCAUUUCAAGGACCAAACACAAAAUUCAAAGCUGACGACAUUUCGAGCUGCUCCAAAUUUAGUAAAGUUCAAGUGGCUAUUUAUUAUUGUGAAAAAAUGUCUUCUGAGGAUUCUUGGGUCUUUGAUUCCCUGGUCUGCUUUUUGCAUGGACCCGUCUGGAAUGCGCCACUUCAAACGUUUAUCGAGCAAAAGUCCUUGGUCUUUGAUCCGAAUCUGCAGAUGGAUGAGAACAAUCCGGAUAUACGACAGAUACAUGAGGAAUAUAAGAAUUUAGUGGAUUUUAUGUUGGGUAGUUUUAUGGAGGAGAUGCAUAUUACGCCGGAGCAGUUUGAGCUGGCGUGCUUGGAGGGACGACAGCAAGGGCAGGGCGAGAAUCCAUUUCAGUUUCAUCAGGUUCUUUUUCAGCAGAUCUGGGCUGCAAAUGAUUUGAAGAUCUUUAUUCGCAUGAUGACGCAGCGCAAUGUGGAGCUGCAGCUGCAGGCGCUGGAUCUCAUAGAGAAGCAUCAAUUGGCGCAAAGUCUCUCAGUGGAAGCGGCAGAUGAGAAUGCAACAGAGGAGGAACUGGGCAUUGCUGUUUCCGAGGUGGAUGUGGAGAAACUUAUAGCCAAAACCGUCGCGGAUGAUCUAGAAAGUCCAGAGGCGGCUUUGACACCCGAACAGGAUACCAAUCUUGAUUUGGUCAAUGAUAAAUUUCAGCGCUUGAAUCUCUUCUUCGAGCAGGAGGACAAAGUGGAUCCCAACGAUGUUGUCUCAAGGCAGGAGUAUCUUCGACAGCAACGUGACAAGAUUGUUGAGAUCAAGAAGCAAACACGUGCCAAGCAGUUGCAGGACACUGUGGCACGCAGCACACCACAAGGGGCACGUCCCAGCUCCGCUCAAGUGGCGCAACAGCUGCUCGAGAAUGGUGAGUUGACAAUGCCACCGCCGCCAGCGGAUGAGGCCGAAAAUGCGGCUCUUCAGCUGCGACGCACGUUGGCUAAGAGAUUGCGCAAUGAGGUUGUGGAACAUAAUUAAAAUCUGGUCGGGAGCACCACCCAAAA